AUGCCCCUCGGCUACGAUGCCGAUUCCACCGCUUUCACGGAAGUGCGCUAUAGGACUUUGGGACAAGACUGGCAGCCCGGUUUUCCUGCCGCCCGUCUUGCAAUUGGAGAGUUUUGGGGCAGUCUUUUCCAACUCGUUGCUGCUACGGAUUACGAACUGGAAGUCAGUUUGGUGGAUUCCUUUCCUGUAUUUGAAAAAGUCAUCUUAACAGCGGCAGCCACGACGCUCGCCGUGCCGAAUGUGCAGUCAUCGGGCAACCUCAAAUGGGUAAGCCCCAACGGCAUUGGCUCGGUUUAUUCCGAAACCAGCCCCGGCAAUUUGCAAACGCUGUUCGCUAGUGGAUUGCCCUGCGGUACAACAGUUUUAAUGAAAGGGGGGAAUUAUGCACUUGAUAACCUGAACCUCCAACUUAACACGGAUUGCGCUGAAACCGAGCCAAUCACUAUCAUGGCUGCACAGGGCGAAUCGCCUGUUUUCGACGGCGGCUCCUAUGAGGAAUACACUUGGACACAGGUUUCCGGAGACACCAAUAUUUGGUGGACAAACCUGCCCGCCGACCUCGAAUAUAACGCCCUUUGCCUUGUGGAUGGCGAAAGAAUGUACCCUUAUGCUUUCCUGACACCACCUAUUGACCCCACUUAUCCCAGCCUUUGGACCCUCGGCUCCACAGACAUCGGUGAAAGCCUCCAAAUCCCUGAUGAGAUACUGCAUUUGUUGCACAUUGAUAGUGCCAUUGUGCAUCAACUGAAAUAUGCGUUGGUGCAUCAAAGCGGCUACUUGGUUGGGGCGGUGUUUUUCGUGAUCAAGCACAAAGUUGGUGUGGAUAUUUCUAAUGGGAUGUUGGAGUACGGGCGUGUGAAGGUGCACAACCGGAAGCUGGAUGACGUGGUACAAUUGGAGACAGGCGAUAGUGAGCGCCUGCGUUUUGGGGCGGAUAGUUUCGAUGCGAUUACGGUGGCUUUUGGGGUGCGCAAUUUUGAAAAUCUGGAGAGCGGCCUUGCAGAAAUGUUGCGCGUAUUGCGCCCCGGCGAUAUUCCAGCUCAUCUCAAGGAUGAUUAUAAUUAUCAAGCCGGUCAGUAUAUCACACUGAAGGUAUUGCUUGGUGGCGAUGAGGUGCGCCGCGCCUACUCCAUGAGCAGCAGCCCUUUAGAUCCGCAUUUUGCUUUCACGAACACCCCGCACGCGGCGCUGAAGCAGACUCCCUUUACUAUGUAUGCGGACCAGGCAAUAUGGCUGAAAACGUGA